AUGGAGCAAAAAGAGUCAAAUCACCAAGUUCCCAAGUCUAGAGCACCAAAUCUACAUUUCUCGCUAAAGACCAAACCGGAGCAUCCGAAGUACGACCGCAUAUUCAUGCCUUCCCGACGUCCAAAAGUCAUGAUUCUUAUAUGGAAAGAUAGAUAUUUGAGUCAUGACCCGCGGCGAAGUGGAAAGAGGUCAUUUGGAUCACUCGUUGGACCGGAACUUAUUUUCUACCAAGACAUGUCCGACGAGCGCCUAAGUAGAGCCCAUGGAGACUUUGAUGGAUCAAGAGGCCCGGAUACCGCGCCCAAGGCCUUGGCUCAUCUUGACACUAGCAUAACUCAAUCCAGAAGCUUCCAUUGGCCUGAACGCGGCCCAUUCAAGAACUUGGAGAGCAAGCUCAAGCGGCUAAAGAGAAAUGGAAACUUUCCUCUUCUGCGCGCGCUCAACUUUGCCGACCUAGACCCGCUCUCUACCUAUAUAUACUUGCUUUUAGCCUCUUGUUCAAGGCAUCUGCUGAGAGAGUUGUGUCUACGUGAAGAGAAGGUGUUAGAGUUGCUGAGUCGUCGUUUCACUUCCGUUUCAGCCAAAAGAGACUAA